CGUCGACGCUGAAUAUGAGGCGACGACAAUCACUGUCAAACGUGUUCACUAUUACUCUGACUCUGGUAACGUGACUUCCUGGUAACGUGUUAGGUAGGAAAAGCAGUAAAAAAGUGCAUAUUAAGGGAGCAGAUUUGAAAUAAUAUUUAUACUUAACAAGAAAUAAUUAAAGGUUCAAUGGGGAGACCUAAAGAUUUACGCAUAUGGGAGCACUACCGUACUUUACCAAACAAGUCUGUUUCUUGCAAGCUUUGUAAUAAGGUCUACAAAUUCAGUAAUGCUGCCAAAAUGCUUCAACAUCUUAUCACUUGUCCAAAAUCUCCAGAAACAUUAAAAGACUCUAUGAAACUUAUAAAAGAUAGCUCGUCCAAAACCAAAAUGUCUGGACUGUCAGAGAUAGAGACAAAUGAUUCUUUUAUAAGCCCCUCGUCGUCUGCUAACACUACAAUAAAUGCUGAGUUUCAAGACACCGAUGAUCAUAUAAAAACAGAAUUAGCGAGAGCUAUAUUUGUAACAGGGACGCCAUUAUCGAUGGUGCAACAUCCUUUAUGGAUACAAUUUUUCGAAAAAUUGAAACCAAAAUUUAAAAUACCUUCACGUAAAGCUUUAGCGACAAAAUACUUAGAUAAAAUAUAUAGAGAAAUGCGUUUUGAGUUAAAUGAGGAACUAAAUGCUUGUAGUUACUUACACCUUCAGUGCGAUGGCUGGUCUAACUUUAAGAAAUGAAGGAAUA